AUGGGGUUUUUGGGUCAGAGUCAUUUAAAUUUUGAGAUUGAAAAUGGAGUAAAUAAGGGUUGCGAAAAGGGUUUUGAGCAAGAAACAAAUAAAGCUUCCAUUGAGUAUGCUGUCAAAGUCCUGUUACUGGGUCUAGGGGAAGAUAUCAACAGGGAAGGCAUUAGAAAGACACCACUUCGUGUUGCCAAGGCCCUUUGUGAAGGAACCAUAGGUUACAAGCAAAAUGCGAAGGACAUAGUGCAAGGUGCAUUAUUCCCAGAAGCUGGUCUAGACAUUAGUACUGUUGGUCAUGCAGGAGGAGCAGGUGGACUUGUUAUUGUGAGAGAUCUUGACUUUUAUUCCUAUUGUGAGUCUUGCAUGCUGCCAUUCCAAGUGAAGUGUCAUGUGGGUUAUGUUCCUUCUGGCCAAAGAGUUUUGGGUUUAAGCAAGCUCUCUCGUGUGGCUGAAGUAUUUGCAAAGAGACUCCAAGAGCCUCAACGUCUUGCAAAUGAGGUGUGUUUUGCUUUGCAUCAAGGUAUACAACCACAAGGGGUUGCUAUCAUACUUCAGUGUUCACACAUCCACUUUCCAGAUACAGAAUCAAGCAUUCUUGACUCAAGCCAUAAAGGAUGGGUGGAGACACUUGUUUCUUCAGGGUCUGGUGUUUUUGAAAACAAAGAUUCAGACAUGUGGGGUGAUUUCUUUGGCCUUCUUAAGUUUAGAGGUAUUGAUAAGAAUGAAGUUUAUUUUAAGGGUGGCUCAUUAGACCAAUGUUGGUGUCCUUCUUUGUCUUGUCUUUCAUCUAAGGUGGAUUCAUCAAAGAUUGGAGGACUUGACCCUAUUAUGGUCACUGCUGUAUCUUCAAUUCUUGAAUCUUUAGGUGAAAAUCCUACAAGGGAGGAGCUAGUGGGGACUCCUAGUAGAUUUGUGAAAUGGUUGAUGAACUUUCAAUGGAGUAGCAUUGAUAAGAAGCUCAAUGGUUCAAUUUGGGGUGGGGUGGAUUAUUCUCUGAAGACUAAUGGGGAGCUAGGCUUGAACGAUAAAGAAGUAUACUCAGAGGUGAACUUGCCUUUUUGGUCACAAUGUGAGCAUCAUUUACUUCCAUUUCAUGGGGUUGUUCACAUAGGAUACUUCAUUUCAAAAGGGUUUGAUCCCAUUAGAAAAUCACUUUUACAGUCUAUAGUACAUUUUUAUGGUUUUAAGCUACAAGUUCAGGAAAGGCUCACAAGGCAAAUAGCAGAAACCAUUUCACCAUUAUUAGGUGGGAAUGUGAUAGUAGUGGCAGAGGCAAGCCACACAUGUAUGAUUUCUAGGGGAAUUCAGAAGUUUGGAAGUAAUACAGCUACUACUGCUGUAUUAGGACGCUUUUCAACUGAUCUUGAUGCAAAGGCCAAGUUCUUGGAGAGUAUUCCAAGUGUUUCAUCUCUUGAAGGGCCAUGA